CACCACAGUCACUGAUUCGUGCUGUUAAACAAUCAAACGCUCAUUUUAAGUGUACAGACGUUAUAAAAGUAACUUGAUAAUGCCUUCACAAAGUGUACCUGUCCGUCAUUCCGCUUUUCCUGCGAGGGUACUACAACAAUACUUGCUUUUAUUAAAGAAAUAUCCAAUCCUCACUAAAUCUGUAACGAGUGGUAUUCUUUCAUCAUUGGGAAAUCUUCUGUCUCAAGCUUUGGAGUCCAGUAAAAACAGCAAAGAAAAUAGUGAAAGGAAGAAAAUCAAUCUCCUGGGACCUGUACACUUUGCCAUUUAUGGGUUUGUUAUAACAGGUCCGCUCAGUCAUUACUUCUACCAUCUCCUGGAGGUGUUGUUUCCAACCACCGUUCCAUACUGCCUGGUCAAACGCCUUCUACUAGAGCGUCUAAUAUUCGCCCCGGCUUUCCUCUUGCUUUUUUAUGUGGUCAUGAAUGCUUUCGAGGGCAAGACAGUUGGAGACCUUCAGAAGAAACUUACAAUUUCUUACUGGUCUUCACUGAAGAUGAACUGGAAGGUUUGGACCCCAUUUCAGUUUAUCAACAUCAGCUAUAUACCUGUACAGUUUCGAGUGCUUUUUGCCAACAUUGUUGCCUUGUUCUGGUACGCCUACCUAGCCUCUGCCAGGAAAUGAAACCAAACCUGAUCAACAUCAAAACAAGCUACUAGCUGGCUAGAGUAGGAUUAAACCAGUUUGUGCCUUAAAAGGACAGCAGUGUACCAGAUAAAAAUAAUCUGAUGUCUUCCAGGCCAUCUGACAAUUUUUACUAUAUUUGUAAUUUAAUGUAAUAUAACAGGGAUGAAGCAGUAAAAUGUAAUUACUGAUCAACUUAUACAAACAGUUAUUAUUGUUUUUAUUAAAUUACUUUCACCACA